CCAACGAAGAAGAAUAUGAAUCGAGCAUUGUGUGACGUCAAACCUGCUAGCGGAAGGAAACAGGAAGAGGCUGGACAACAAUUCUUCAAUAUACGUAGUGGAAAAAAACACUCUGUCUGUUCACAGGAGACCAACAUGAGCAGUUUUAGUCAAUCUGUCCAUCACAGGACGCCAUCAUUCACCAGGGGCACACAUCAUGGAGCAUCUAAGCAGGACCUGGAACGGGAUUCAGGCUUCUCAGAUGCCAGCUCUGAGUACCUAAGUGCAGUUGAUGGGACCGACUGUGAAGAUGCAGGGAGGAAAAGGUCCGCAGUCAGCCGGGACAUGGCUGGUGUGCAACUGGCUGUGAUGGGAGGCUCGUAUGCCGGACUGUCUCCGAUGCUGAUUAUGAAUAACUUGGUCCUCAAUCAGCCUUCGCAGGUGACUCCAGCAGAGAAACAGUGGGGCUUUCCUUCGUCUCUCAGUGUCAUGUCUCCAUCUCAGAUGGUUCUCCUUCAUCCAAUGAUGUCCAACAGCAGCAGCUCACCAAAAACAGCCUCUGACAAUGGCAAGCAAUCAAAAAGCUACACGUCCGCUCUUAAGUCAUAUCCCAGAAUUGCCCCAAACCCAGUGGAUGCACCAUCAAAGAGGUCCUCCAGAAUGAGGAGUUCAUUUUCAGCACACAGGAGACAUCAGCAAGGCAACAGGCUGUAUGGCGCCCCCACCACUCAGCGGCCUCUGCAAGCUCCCAGUAAAGCAAGUUUGGCCAAGUUUGAAGCAGCAAACAACCGCUCGGCUCUGUCAGCUGAGAGCUCAGAUCAGCUCAGUGAGAAGUCUCUCUCCUUUAUGACGGGGAUCACCUCUGUUGCCCCACACGCAAAUCAGUGCAGGACUGAGGUGGACCCCGACUUGUCAUGUCCUGACAAUUACCAAGACAGCCUCUUGGCAGAAAGCAACAAGUUGACGCGUUUCAGCAAUACCUACAACAUCCUUAGCAACUGUGGUCUGCUGGGCAUCACUAUGCGCACCAAGCAGUUAAUCAAGGAGAAUAAGCGCACCCAAGGUCAGCUGCAGCUGCUUCAGGAGCAGACUGCUCUCCUGCUGGAAGCUCUAGGAAGUGGAGAUCCUCACCUGUGGACUAAGCUCCAGCUGUCUCUGCAGGACUAUGACAAGUAACAAUCAAGUAGAGACAUGGUUUCACUACACUGUGUUGGCGCACAUAACCAGCAGUGGGAGGAAAUCGUAUGACACCAGGUCUCAUUAGUCAAAUGCUUGUCAGUACAAGCUUAUAAUAUUGCCAUUACCCAUGUUAGCUGCUUGUGUCUGAACUUUAAACAUUCAGUACUGCUGGUCUAAAACCCUUGCCUAUAAUAAUUUUCCUUUUUCUGUAGGGCUAUAGCAACUAUGGCGAACUGUAAUCAAGCAUGGCACACCAAGCACAUCUAGUCCAAGUCUAGUCCCCCAAGAAUUUUGCAGGAUCUUGUACUAAAAGUAAUGCACGAGAAAAGGGAUGACAUCGAUUGCGUUGCAUGAACAAGUUUCAGAAAUUAUAGACUCUCAUGCUACUCGCUUUAAAUCGGUGGACGGGAUUUGACGAAAUUCAUAGCAUUUUCAUGGCAAAAUAUAGUAGCACGCCACGAGCACCGUGUGCUUUGCACAUGUGCAAAGAGUUCUGGUACUGCUGUUGCGGGAAAAAGUCCAGUUGAAGCAAUUAUGCAGUAGAUCCUCGGAAAUUCAACGUAAUCAGUUCAUUGAAGUUCCAUGGGUUUACUUUAAUGCUUAACUUUUUGUAUACCGUAAUUUCCUUCUAAAUUCCUCUAAGAAUAUGUUAGUCUACAAACAAUGAGUUAUGUAAAGACUUUUAUGGUACGAGGCAUUAACCGUUUCAGACUCAUUCUGUGCAGCUGCCCUUGUACUUAGCAAGAGUUAGCAUGUCCAAUCAAUGUGUCAAUUCAUUUUCACUUAUUUCAAGUUCCAGUGGUUUAAUUUUAACUGUCCACUCCUCCCUUGUCAAGUAUGUAAUGGCAGUUAACCGAAAUGUCUUUUUUAUAUAUAAUUUACCUGUUGCUCUCUCUUAAGUAUUAUUUAUUUGUGAUAAGAUUUUAUUUUUGCAAAAACUAUUAUUUAAUCCUGCCAAACACAUUUUAACUAGGUUACUGGAAAAAUUGGUAAAAAGAAAAAAAAGGUGAAAUUGUAUUAAGUGAAGUUUUGUGGCCUUGUAUUUACUUAAGGAUCUGCCACUAUCUUCUUUUGUUGCUCAAUGAGGUCAUGAUGGCACUACAGUAGCUGGGAAGUAUUUGUUACAUAUCAGCCUCUUGCACUUUAGUUACCAGACUGUUGCCCUGCUUGUGUUUUAUUUUAAUGUGAACAUGAAUGUUAACUGUGCCUUUUGAAUAUUUGUAUACUUGUGUUAGUGCUUGAGCUGCUUGUAUUGCUGAAGGCAUCUGCAAAGAUGCAAACUUCACCUGGAGGAGGAAGGUGCAUGUAGUCAAAGCUCUCCAAAGAAUCAACCAUCAGUAACAACAGGAAGCCAUACAUGGGCAAGUUUUAAUGGCAACUUGAAAUUCUUUAUUUUGCCAAUAAUACUUUCUUGCAAUACUUUACAGGCAGUAGUAGUAGUAACACGAUUUUAACAAACAUAUUUGACCUUUUUUUGUGGAACGUGCCUGCUGUCACAAAAGUGACGUUGACUAAUGGUCAUAAAACUGUUUGAAAAGUCAUUUCUUCUGUCAUUUGUUCUUCAGGUACAAAGAUUCUGUCCAAUAAAGAUGCUACACUAACAGAAAACCACCCGAGUGCGGUAGAUUUCUAAAUUGAAGACUCUCACUUACAGCACAUUGCCUUUAUGUGUAUAGCAGGAAAAGU